AUGUCUGAAGAUAAGGUGAAUUUGUCUGGACAAGAAUAUUGGCAGCAAAAAUAUUCGUUGUUCAGGAAGAAGUUAAAGCUUUUUAUUAACACCUAUGGUACUAAUGUUACAACAAAUAAUAUUGGCUCUUCUUUUUGGGUUACUCAAGGUGGAGAGAAAUAUCUUUGGGACCCAAUCGGGAUAAAACAUACAAUUGAAAGAAGUUCAUGUUUUCCUAACACAAGUCAAAUGCCUAAUGAGAUUGAUUGGACCAAUACACGCAUUGUACAAUCCUCAGUUAACGAUGACAAUAUUCUCGUUUUAACUGACAAAAGAAUGUUAUAUCGCUUUCGCUUAUGUUGCAAUGAGUCGUAUACUUUAAUCAUCACGGGGAAAAUUGAUACUAAAGGCAGUGAUGACGUAGAAUUAAAAAUCAGUGGCAUUGCUUGCGGCAAAUCUUCUUCUGUAUUUAUUACUAGAGAUGGAAAAAUAUACGAAUGUACUGAUACUAAUACCGACUUUUAUGGACCGCUCAUACAAUCUAAACUGCUUCCUCUCUCACAAAAAAUAAUAGUUAAGGUAGUCGCAGGAUUUGAUCAUAUCCUUGCACUUACUGCUAAAGGAAAGGUUUAUGGCUGGGGUGCAAACAUUCACGGACAACUGAAUUUUAAUAGAAAUUGCGGACAAGCAGGACGUUUAGAGUCUCCUUCCGAAAUAAAUAUACCUAAUGUAAGAAAAGUAUCAGAUAUCGCCGCCAUGAAAUUUAUGAGCGCUGUCAAAUCUAGCGACGAUGGACUUAUUUACAUACAGGGUUGUUUACAAGGAAAAAAAAUUAAGCGUUUUGCUGUCUGUGAAUAUACAAAUAUAUUUGACGGACAAAAUUCAUCGUUCUAUUUGCGAAAAGAAAAUUACACAGAUGAAGAGAAAGAUAUAAUGGAUGAUUUAAGAAACGCGUUCUUUAAUUCUUAUUUUUUAUCUCUGAAGUCCACGAGCGAUCUUACAAUACAAGUGGACGGGCAAUCUAUUUACGUUCACAAAAGCAUUCUGAAAAUGCGUUCUUCAUAUUUCAAAAACAUGUUUGCGUUUAAUGAGAUGCAAAACAGACAAAGGGUUAUCAAAUAUGGUGAUUACUCAUAUGAUGUGUAUAGAAAUUUUUUUAGAUUUUUGUACACAGGCUGUGUCUUCUAUACAUGUUCAAAGGAGAUGACAGAGCUCUUGAAAUUAUCUGAUCAAUACUGCGAGAUAAAUCUUGAGGAAAAAUGCAUUAAGAAAUUAAAAAAGAAUAUGAAUUCAUCAAAUGUAUCCUAUAUCAAGGAAAUAGCGAUAAAGUAUAAUAAGAGGGAAUUGGAGGAAUACUGUGACAUGUAUCAAUUAUCAAGAGAUGCACAUAAUCCUAAGCGGAAAUUCGAUGAAGUAUGA